AAUAGGCCCCAAGAUGGCGGCAAUUGUAGCGGCUGAGCGGCUCCUGUCGGAAGGGGAAGGAGGCGCCAUGGAUUCGGCGCGGCUCUCCCCCCCUCCUCUGCCCCAGCCCCGGGGGGAAGCGCCGUCCCUGGAGCAGCUCCCGCAGAGCAACACGCUGGUGGGGCUGCCCAUUGUGGCCAUCGAGAGCAUCCUCAGCUUCCUCUCCUACGACGAGACCAGCCAGCUCCGUUUGGUUUGUAAGAGAAUGGAUUUAGUCUGCCAGAGAAUGCUAAACCAGGGAUUUCUGAAAGUGGAAAGAUACCAUAACUUGUGUCAGAAACAGGUUAAAGCACAACUUCCAAGACGGGAAUCAGAAAGGAGGAAUCAUUCACUAGCUCGCCAUGCAGAUAUUCUUGCUGCAGUAGAAACAAGGCUAUCACUGCUAAAUAUGACGUUUAUGAAAUAUGUAGAUUCCAACCUCUGCUGCUUCAUACCUGGAAAGGUAAUAGAUGAAAUUUAUCGUGUGUUAAGGUAUGUAAACUCUACUAAAGCUCCUCAAAGAGCCCAUGAAGUCCUUCAAGAGCUAAGGGACAUUUCAUCUAUGGCAAUGGAAUAUUUUGAUGAGAAGAUUGUUCCAAUUCUAAAAAGAAAAUUGCCUGGUUCAGAUGUAUCAGGACGUCUCAUGGCAGCAGCUCCAGUUCCAGGUCCUUCUGCAGCUUUAACUACAAUGCAGCUCUUCUCCAAACAAAACCCAUCGAGACAGGAAGUCACCAAACUUCAACAACAAAUUAAAACUAAUGGUGCAGGUGUGACUGUAUUGCGACGUGAAAUUUCAGAGCUUCGCACCAAAGUGCAAGAGCAGCAGAAACAGCUCCAAGACCAAGAUCAGAAACUGCUUGAGCAAACCCAAAUCAUAGGUGAGCAGAAUGCCCGACUGGCAGAGCUUGAACGCAAAUUGCGAGAAGUCAUGGAAAGUGCAGUAGGAAAUUCCUCUGGGUCAGCACCAACUGAGGAGGCCCCUAGGAAACGGAAGAAGGCUGCUGAAUCAAUAGGUUCACCUAGAAAGUCAAAACGCCUUCGAAAUAAUAAAUAACUUUGGGAUAAAUGGCACUUCCAGGAGAACACACUGCUUUAAUAGCUGAAGCGGGUUGUCUGGUCUGGAUGCUGCAGUUUACAGCAUGUAUCAUCUAGGCUGCUGGUUCUUCAGAACAUCAUAGACUUGAACGAACUUUCUCUCAUUGCUGAGACAUUACUUCACAACCCACCCCAACAACCCCAUUUCAGUUUGAGUGGGUCUGUUGCACAGGACAAUUAUAAUUUGUCACAAAUUUGUACCCACCAGACCCAGUCUAUCAUGUCCUAAAAAGUUUGCUUUCAUUUUCUACGCAGAAAAUGACUAUUAAAGUGAAACUUAAGUUUAUGCAUCAGUUUCCAUACAUUAGUAUUUUCAGAAUAAAUUCAGGCUUAAUCAAUGAUAAAAUUAGAAACGGUUAAACAACAGACGUCCUGUUGUCUUGAAAAUACCCACUUUUAAAAAAUUUUGUGUGGGGGUGGGGGAGGUUGACUUUUUGUUGCAAGUGACCUUGUUUAGAACAUCUGAAAAGUAGUUUAUAUGUGUGAGAGUCUACAUAACAAGUAAGCUUACAGUAUUGGCUAUAUAUAUUUUUGUAAAUGUAACAAGCGAGGGAUAUCAGUCUAGUUUCCACAAAUGCAUACCCUACUUCUAAGCAUUAGGAGCCAUAUUUUUAUCUUGCAUGGAGAGAUGCAUGCAUUGCUUAGUCAGCUUGGUAAAAGCAUUUGCCUGGAAUCACUGUUGAAUAGUUGGCCUCUCCCAUCUUUUGAUAGAACAUUUGUUGGUUCCUCAUCCAUGACUCUGCAUAUGCUUUGAACACAGCUUUGCUUAUCUUCUGGAGCUAUUCUGCCUGAAUACUACAAGGGAAUAUAUAAGCCAAGCUAUUUUGCUGCUUUUGCUUGCUUGUUGACUUAAUCCAGAUUGCACAGUUUGGCUCCUUUUGCUUGUGGGUUUCUGGUUAUACACUACUGGUCCUGAUUCAGAGAUCGAAAGACCAUUAAACUGGACAGAAGUUAUUUGUUGAUAAGAGUACACAGGCUUGCGGAGUCACCAUCCAAGUUUUAUGUGUGUUGAGAAAAAGAUCUUACUGUUAUGUGGAAAGAACUCUCUGUAAUCCUGUGUUCUAGCUCUCAUUAUCCUAAGAAAUACAUUGAGUUCAGAUAUAAAAAUGUUAAUUUCUUUUGCACUCCUCCUGUUUUGAAAUUGAACUGGAAAAGCAUGUGUUGCACUGUACAGUCUCUGGAUUUGUCACUUUAACAGCUUCCAAGUUGUAAUGUACAGUGUUUUCCCCCAGUUGUAUUUCUUUUAAACCUACAACAAAUAUUGCUCUCCAUGCUUUAAUUUGUUAUUGCUAAAUAAUGUAAUUCUAUUGCUUGACUGUUACAUUUUUCCCUUAACCUGCUAUUACUAAUUCAGCUUUUUGGUAAUGUUGAAAUUUGAAAUGGGAAUGGAAAAAUGGAUCUGAGUGGUUAUUCAAAAAGCUCCUCUUAAGAGAUAAUCUUCUUAAAGUACCUUGGUUUAAAACAGAUGAUUAUUCAUUUUCAUUUGUUAGUCAAAGACGAAAAAAAGCUUUGCCAAGGAUUUUUCUUGCCUUUUUCUUUUAAAAAGCCUGUUAAUUCUUAAUUUGGAAUAUGUAUUCCCUAAAACAAAGUAUUGCAAAUUGAUAUCAAGAGUUUGGAGUGUUUAAUUUUUUUAAAAAAAUUAUAUUGUUUUGCUACCUUAAGGCAUUUUUACAAUGUGUAUUUGUUUAAUUUUAAAUGGGAGCAGGCUAUGUAUCUUACCAGUGGGCUUACACUGAAUUAUUUCAGAUAAUAUAAUACUUUUGAAACAUUCACUCGAGCAUUUCUUAAUUGAUAUAUCUCAGUUGUAUCAAAUCAGCACCAGUAUAUUUAAUUCUUAGUUUAUAAAGAAUAAUAUGGAUACAAUAUUUUUUUAAGUGAAUAUGUUCCUUUAUAUGUCAACUCUUGGUGCAUUUUGAUAUUUAUUUUUUUCAUGAUCUAAUCACAUUUAACAAGAUGUAGUGAUGGCCUUCAAUCUGGAUAUCUUAAGAGAAUCAAAUUCAUUGAGGGGGAGGCCAUCAGUAAUAACACAUUAUCUCCUGGAUUAUAGACAGUAUGCCUCUCAAUAACAGUUGCUGGGGAACACCAGUGAUAAGGUGCUGUUGGGUUUGCUUUC